AUUGAAUGAGUGAUUCAGUGAACGAUUGCUCUUAUGAUAGAAAUCAUAUGUUGUGUGAAAUGAUUGACUGAAACAACAAUUCAUUCAUUUGUUUAUCAUAUUUGAGACAAACAUUGAAACAAACAUUUGAUAAACACUUUGAUUUGCCAUUCAAUCCAUUCAAUCAUUCAAUACAUUCACUGCCAUUACAUUCACAUCACAUUCGCUCACAUUUACUGUAAUUUACGGAUUAUUUCACUAUUUAUUCAUUCAUUCAUUAAUUAUUAAUAAUUUUGGCGAUCACUUGAAUUGAUCCAUAUUUGGACAUCGCUUGUAGUGAAUGAACGAAAGGCAAUGUCUGCUGAAAUCCGACCCUUUGCUGACUCUUCGAUCGGAUCCAAUAAAAUGCAAUUAUUGUCGAAACUAGAGGGACAUCAAGACGUGGUUAAUAUGGCGGCCAUUCUUCGACACGAAGACGGAGUCAUCAGUAUUAGUGACGAUAAAACUGUUCGCAUUUGGCUUAAGAGAGACGCCGGCGGGUAUUGGCCUUCUGUUUGUCACAUUCUUCCGGCCUCUGCCUCCUGUAUGGACUUCAAUCACGAAACGAAGCGUCUGUUUGUAGGUCUGGACAACGGAUCCGUUUCGGAGUUCUCUGUGGCCGACGAUUACAACCGUAUCGUUCAUCAGAGAAACUAUUUGGCGCAUCAAAACAGAGUCACUUCUGUUGUCUUCUCUUUGGUCACCGAAUGGGUGUUAAGCGGCGGUCGCGACAAGUAUUUGGUUUGGCACUGCUCUGAGACCGGCCGACGACUCGGCGGUUAUCUGUGCAGCAGUUGGGUCACUGCUCUUCAGUUUGAUAUGCAGUCGAAGCACGCGUUUGUUUGCAGCAGUUGGGUCACUGCUCUUCAGUUUGAUAUGCAGUCGAAGCACGCGUUUGUUGGCGAUUAUAACGGAAUCAUAACAAUGUUGAAGAUUGAAGAAACAACAUUCAAACCCAUCACUACAUUGAAGGGACACUCGGCUGCCAUCCGAUGUCUGGCCUGGAAUUCCACAAAACAAAUGCUCUUUUCGGGCGGUUUUGACAAAAUGAUCAUUUGCUGGGAUAUCGGCGGCAAAAAAGGCACUGCUUUUGAACUACAGGGCCAUCAUAAUAAAGUGACAUCUUUUUACUUCUCAAACACAUCUCAGCGACUCUUGUCUUCAGCAGAAGAUAAUAUGAUUGUCUCGUGGAAUAUGAAUACUAAACGCAAUGAAACUCCUGAAUGGGCUGAAAAUGACAAUUGUCAACGCUGUCAAAGACCAUUCUUCUGGAACCUUAAGUCGAUGUACGACCAGAAGACCAUUGGCUUACGACAGCACCACUGCCGGCGCUGUGGCAAAGCUGUCUGCGACGCCUGCAGUUCCAAUAGAAGUACUAUUCCUCUAAUGGGAUAUGAAUUCGAUGUCCGAGUCUGUGAUGAGUGCCAUAGCGUUAUCACUGACGCUGAUCGUGUAUCUCUGGCAACAUAUCACGACACCAAACACUGUGUAAUGCAUUUGGAUGUCGACGAAUCUCGUGGUCAGGCGCUGACGUGUGGCGCCGAUCGUAUUAUUAAAGUACCAAUAAUACAAUACCUGCCGGAAGGAUAUAUGGCUCACCGGUCCUCACCUGAGGGCGAUUAUAUAUGGAUUGAACCGCAAACCAAACGCGAGUUCGACGUCGCGAUCGGCGCCCGAGUGAUAGCGGCUGAGGGACGACGGAUCCAAGUGGUCGACGACGACACUAAGGAGCAAUGGCUAACACCCGAGCGCCGCAUCAAAGCGAUGCACCCGACGUCCAUACAGGGCGUCGAAGACAUGAUUUCAUUGGGAGACUUACAUGAGGCCGGAAUACUGAGGAAUUUGUUGAUUAGAUAUAACGAAAAUGUCAUUUAUACAUAUACGGGUUCUAUAUUAGUGGCGGUCAAUCCGUACCAAAUUCUUCCGAUAUAUACUGUGGAACAGAUUAAGCUCUACAGAGACCGCAAGAUCGGUGAACUGCCGCCCCAUAUAUUUGCCAUCGGAGACAAUGCCUACAGUAAUAUGAAACGCUAUCGUCAGGACCAGUGCAUUAUCAUUAGCGGAGAGAGCGGUGCCGGCAAAACAGAGUCCACAAAACUUAUUCUACAAUUUUUAGCCGCAAUUAGUGGUCAACACUCUUGGAUUGAACAGCAAAUACUCGAAGCAAAUCCCAUAUUAGAGGGAGUGAUCGAAGGCGCGAAGAUUGACCAAUACUUGUUGGAGAAGUCGAGAAUCGUAGGCCAGGCGACCGAUGAGAGGAAUUAUCACAUAUUUUAUUGUCUUUUGGCCGGAAUGAGUAAAGAAGAGAAACAGAAACUGGAACUGCAGGACGCGUCUAAGUUCUAUUACCUGACUCAGGGCGGGACCAUCACCUGCGAGGGUCGGGACGACGCCGCAGAGUUCGCAGACAUCAGGUCCGCAAUGAAAGUGUUGAUGUUUUCCGAUCCCGAGAUAUGGGAAGUGUUGAAAAUAUUGAGCGCUUUAUUACAUUUGGGAAAUAUUAAGUUUAGAGCAACGGUAAUGAAUAACUUGGACGCCACUGAAAUCACAAACACGGGAAGCGCCGGGAGUUCGUCAAAACUACUAGAAGUAAAUCAACAGCAUUUGAUCGACGCGUUGACGACGCGUACAAUCUUCGCACACGGAGAUACUGUCGUCUCCACCAUGAGUUCCGAGCAAUCGUUGGACGUGAGGGACGCCUUCGUCAAAGGCAUUUACGGCCGUAUGUUUGUGUGGAUCGUAUCGAAGAUCAAUUCAGCCAUUUAUAAGCCCAAAGGUGUGUCACCGCAUCACUACAGGACUUCCAUCGGAGUUCUCGAUAUAUUUGGUUUCGAGAACUUUAACGUCAAUAGUUUUGAACAGUUUUGCAUAAACUAUGCCAAUGAAAACUUACAGCAAUUCUUUGUGAGACAUAUCUUCAAACUGGAACAGGAAGAGUACAACAUUGAGACCAUUAAUUGGCAACACAUCGAGUUUGUCGACAAUCAGGAGGCGCUCGACUUGAUUGCUGUCAAACCCAUGAAUAUUAUGGCGUUGAUAGACGAAGAAAGUAAAUUCCCGAAAGGCACUGAUUUAACUCUACUCAACAAACUUCAUAAGACUCACGGAUUUAAUUCAAAUUAUCUGAAACCAAAGUCCGAUAUUAACCAAUCAUUUGGAUUAAACCAUUUCGCAGGAAUUGUCUUCUAUGACACCAGAGGUUUUCUGGAGAAAAAUCGCGACACAUUUAACGCAGAUUUGGUUCAAUUAAUACAAGUCAGCAAAAAUUCAUUCCUUCAAAGUCUAUUCACUCAGGAGUUUGGAAUGGGUAACGACACCCGCAAAAAGGCUCCAACACUGAGCGCACAGUUUAAGAAAUCAUUGGAUUCUUUGAUGAGACAAUUAAGUCAUUGCCAUCCCUUCUUCAUUCGUUGCAUUAAACCCAACGAAACUAAGAAACCAAUGAUGUUUGACCGAUACUUAUGUUGUAAGCAAUUGAGAUAUUCAGGAAUGAUGGAAACCAUCAGAAUUAGAAGAGCCGGUUAUCCCAUUAGACAUACAUUUAUGGAAUUCAUCGACAGAUACAGAUUCCUAUUGCCAGGCAUAGGACCCGCACAUAAAGUGCCCGAUUGUAAAACAGUCACACAUAAAAUCUGUGCAGCAGUUCUCGGAAAAGUUGACUAUCAAUUGGGAAAAUCCAAAGUAUUUCUAAAGGACGCUCACGACUUAUUUCUAGAGCAAGAGAGGGACAGAGUUUUGACAAAAAAUAUUCUAACACUUCAGAGAGCUAUUAAGGGCUGGUAUUAUAGGAGAAGAUUCUUGCGAAUGAGGAAUAACGCCAUUAUUAUCCAACGCUAUUGGAAGGGAUUUAUUCAACGCAAGAAAUAUAAAGCGAUGGUUUUGGGUUAUCUCAGACUCCAGGCGUUUAUGAGAUCCCGAGUUCUGACCAAUCGAUUCAAACAUCUUCGCAAUCAUAUCGUCUCACUUCAGGCCAUUUGUCGCGGAUUUCUCGUUAGAAGAGAUUUCCGAAGCAAACACAGAGCGGCCCUUAAAAUACAAGCCUUCAUAAGGGGAGCCAUUGCUCGCAAAAACUAUCAUAGAUUACGAGAUGAAAACAGGAGUCGUUUGGAAGCGCUUCGACUCAAAGAACAGGAAGAAUCUCUUCUAAGAAAACAAAUGAACCCCAAAAAGGCUAAAGAAAUCGCUGAACGAAAAUAUGUCGAAAGAAUGAAAGAAUUUGAAUUACAGAAGAAAGAGACAGAAAUUGAAGAGAAACGACAGAUUGAAGAGAAGAAAGCUGUCAUUACAGACGCCGUUCACAGACAGGACGAAGUGUUGGACGACUCCAAACUUGUGGACGCGAUGUUUGAUUUUCUGCCGCGAACUGACAAUCUCUCUGAACAUAACGGGCCGUCAGCUUUCAGAGACCUCGAGAGGUCUAACGGCGAUAUGAAUAACGAUUUGUCUGAAGGCGAGGGAACGGUUCCACCCGUUCCUCACGAAGAGAUGGAGGACUUGUCUGAAUACAAAUUUCAAAAGUUUGCCACAACUUAUUUUCAGGGGAAUGUCGGACAUCAAUAUCAACGCAAACCACUCAAACAACCGCUUCUACCUCUUCAGACUCAGGGAGAUUGUAUGGCUUCAAUUGCUCUAUGGAUAACAGUUUUGCGAUUUAUGGGAGACUUAACGGAACCUAAAUUCCAUACAAUGGGAAGAGAUAACACAUCUGUGAUGAGUAAAGUAACGGCAACUUUAGGAAGAAAUUUCAUUAAAAGCAAAGAGUUUCAAGAAUCACAGCUUUUGGGUCUCGAAUUGGAGGCGGCGGAGAUAAAGCCGCCGAAGUCGCGAUCGAUUCGCAAUAAAUUGGUUUCACUGACACUCAAGAAGAAGAAUAAAUUAAGUGAAGACGUGAGACGACGCCUACAGGACGACGACAUCGCCGCCGACACCUAUAGCUCAUGGCUGGAGUCGAGGCCGACGUCUAAUCUCGAGAAAUUACAUUUCAUUAUAGGACACGGAAUACUCAGAGACGAGUUAAGAGUCUAG